AUUUUUAUAUGAUGAGAAAUUUUUGCUACGCAAUAUAUAUUUAAAUAAUGUGUAUGUGUAUAUACAUAAAAAAUUUUAAAAAGAUAUGGGAAUCCCAGAAAGAUUAUUCACAGAGGCCUUUAUAUUUACGUGGUUGUGCAUUUAUUAUGCAUUCUUGAUAUGAUAUUUAAUUAUAAAAUUUAAUUAUUAAGUAUUAUUUCCAAUAAUUUAAUACUGUAAAAAAUUUUUUAAAUAAUUUUGGAAUAAAUUUUAUACUUAAAUAAAAAAAUAAAAUGUCAAUCGCUGAUCAAGAUGCUGAUUGGAAUGAAAUGUUAAAAAUUGCUAAAUUGCAACAACAAGAAUAUUAUGAACUUUUACCAGAAUGGACAAAAUAUACUGUAGAUGAAUAUAAAUAUUUAAGACAAAAUAUUGGAUAUGCACUUUUUGGACUCCCAUCAGAAAAUGAAGAAAAUAAAAAUGUGUAUAUUGAAGAUGAAACAAUAGGAAAAAACAGACAAAUAAAGGAUAUUACUGAAACACUUUGUUACAAACCUAAUGCAGAAAAAAUUAUAAAUAUUGUUUAUGAACAAAUAUGCACACAUGGUAAAGGAUGUAUAGAUGCAGAUUCAAUAUAUUAUGGAAUAAUUUACAAUAUAUCAUUUCGUACUAAAAAUAAUGUAACUGAAUCUAAUUCAAAAGAAGAAAAAGUAACUGAUUCUGAAAUGGAAGAUAAAAUACAGAUAUAUUCAACACCAAUUUUUAAAAUAAGAUAUUUAAAUAAAACUUGUAUAAAGGAAGAAACAUGGUACAUUGACAGAAAUGGUAGAGUAUAUAAAAGUUGGAUAGAUUAUAUAGAAAAAAAUACUUUACCACAAUGUACAAUGGUUCUUCCAAAAGAUGGAUUCUAUCAUCCUGAUCCAAAUCAUGAAAUUACUGAAGAAUAUUCAACAGUAUGGUUGGAAGUUUUGGAUUCACCUGCAUGUAGUAUACAAGCAACCGUUUUUAAAUAUGGAGAUAUAACUUCUACAGUAAUUGGCACAUGUGGAAUUUGUUUGGGUGUAGCAUCUAUUUUCACACCCAUUGGACCAGUUGUAAUGGGUGCAACAGUAGCUUCUAGUAUAAGUGGUGUAUGGGCAACUGGUAGAUCAAUACAGAAUUUAAUAGAUAGAAAUUCUCAUGAACAAAGUAUAGGAAUAACAGAUAGAGAUUCUUUUUGUUCAUGGUUAACUAUAAUUGGCGGUACAGUUGGUUUAAUGAGCAAUAGUGGAAAUGUUAUUCUUACUAAACUUAUAAAAAAUGGUAGUGAUAUAAGCAAUGUUGCUAAAGUUGCAUAUAAUGCAUUAGUUUUAAGUAAUUUAGGUAUUAAUGGUUUUGGUAUAGGAUAUCAGGCAUAUUGUAUGUAUCAAAAAUAUCAAGAAGAAGGUCAAAUUCGUAUAUUAGAUAUGGUAUCUCUGUCAGCUCAUUUAUUAUUCUUUGGUAAUUCAGUUAUAAAUUUACAGUUUGCAGAAGAUCUCAUUAAAUCCACUCAAGGUAAAAUCUUAGAUGAAUAUAGAUCUACAUUGCGUUCUAAACAUCUUCGUAGACAAUUUAAUCGUACGAAACGUAAUGCUGCUGCAAACAAUACAGAUACAAUAUCCGAAAAUGCUGAAGUAAUACGUUAUAUCAAUAGAAAGAUAGAUUUACAAUUAAAAAAUAAUUUGAGUAAUAUUCCCAUUCAAAAAAGUACUAUAUGUUUUGAAGAUGGGAAAUUGAUGAUUUGUGGCAUUCGUUUCUUAGAUCCAAUGAAAUUUGUAGAGAUAUUAAUUAAGGAUGACGGAUUUUCAAGUGAAAAAACAUUUUCAUUUAAUAAAGAAAGUAGUGAUAGCAAAGAUAUGUUCAUCAUAUUAAAAGAGUUGCUUUUGAAUUUAUUAAAAAAUAUAUUUUCAGAUGAUAAUAACAGAGAAGAAUAUGAAUCUGAAUUUGAUAAUAUUUUAAAUGAUAUAAAAUAUAUGAAUAAUGCUCCAAAUAUUUUUAUUCUAAUAUUUAAAAUAUCUUUUACUUUAAUAACAAAAUCUCAAUUUUGUUCAGAAUAUUUAUCAAAUGCAGUUCAUUUUAUAUGGUGCUAUAUAAAAGAAAGUUUGAUACAAUUUAGUUCAGAACUUAUUAGUAAUAACGAACAAACGCAAAAAAAAGUAUGUGAAAUAUUAAUAGUUUUAUUUGAAGAUAUAGAAGAGACAAUAAAAAAAUUAUCACCUGCUUUCAAAAAAUAUAUUGAAGAAUAUGUGAAGAAUAUAAAGAAAAACUUAUGAACAAUAUAUUUAAAGUUAAAUCUAUAGAAUAAUUCUUCGAUUCAUAUUCUUUUUUCCGAUUUGAACAAUCGUUAUGUCGAUAUAAUUUAACUGAGAUGUAACAUAAUAAUUGUUUUUUCAUUAUGAUAAUUUAUUAUGAUUAUUAUUAUUAUUAUUAAUAUUAUUAUUGAUAAUAUUAUCUAACAUGAACUGCUGUUCUCUAACUAGAAAAUUACUUUUAAUUUUUUAAUUAUAAUCAAUAAUUGAUAGUUUCUAAGCAAUCAUCGUCCAUAUAUACUAAUUCGCGUUAGAUAUUACUAUCUAAAUAUUAAAUUUUUAAUAAGAAAAUUUUCAAAUUUUUAAUAUUAUUUAAAAAUAUAUUUUUCUAAUAAAAAUGGACAAUAAAUAAUGAAAAAAAUUUUAUAAAAAUCUAAGAAAUAAUAUUCAUACGAUAUUUUUUUAUUAAUAGUAUUAUAUGUGUGUGUGUGUGUGUGUAUAUAUAUAUAUAUAUAUCAAUAUAUAUAUAUAUAUAUAUAUAUAUAUAUUAAAGAUAAUAAGAGGAAGUGCAAUUAUAUUAAUUAAAAUAUUAGAUAAAUAUAAGAAUACGAAAGAAAUGUACAAAAAUAUUGAUGAACAUAUUAUUUUAAGUAACAGGAAAAAUAUUUUUCUAUUUAUAAAAUUAUAUUUUAUAUAUAAUUAUAUUUAUUAUAUUGUAUAUUGUUUAUAUAAUAAAGUUUUAAUAAGAAGUUUAUAUAAAAAGCUAA